UUUUAUACGUUUUCAUUACGUACCAAUUUUAUUGAACUUUACAGCUGCAGUGUAGGUUCGAGACAGCAGAUAUUUAAGUUCAUUUUGUGUAUAACAUUAAAGAUACUGGAAGUGUACCGUAGUGCAAUAGACUUUGUUAAAAGUGGUCAGCUAUACACACGCCAUUUUAACUCCUCGUUUAGUGGCAGUGCAUUAGUUAUUUAGAAUUUUGCCAUUUACACAGAUUUAGCUUGUUCAAAAUAAAGUAAAACUAUAUUUUAAUCAAACGCUGUAUAUUUCGUAAGCUUUUCGUCGGAUGUUUAAUACAAUUACCAAGAUGGAAACAAUAAUUUAGACUCGUAAUUUUUAUGAGGCAUGCCGAUUAUAACUCUUUUUACUGUUAUAAAUUAUGGCACAAUUUUUAAAAGUAAUAAGUAGCAGUGAACAGAAAUCCGAAGAAGCAAAUCCUUUCUACGCAAAUAUUGAUGGUAGUCAAACAGUACAGUAUGUAAUAACUGAUGAUCAACAACAAUUUUCUGCUCAACAGAUUGUAGUUGUCGAUAGUAGCCAGCAACAAUCACUAAUUCUGGAUCAGUCACAGAUUACUUACCAAUUACCACAAUAUACGACUAUAGAUGGUGCAAUAGAAUUUGCACAGAGAGAACAAGUUUUUUUUAUGGAUGGUUCUAAUAAUCAGUCUCUUCAAGAAGUUGUUGUUGACCAACCACUACAGCAAGUUAUACAGCAAGCCAUUACACCACAAACUGUGCAAGCUGUUGUACAAGCACCAACUAUUCAACAUCCUCAACCAGUUAUUUUAAAUCAUCAAUUAUCAGACAGUAGAUCUACUCCUCGGUUGCCUGUUCAAACACUUAGGACUAAUCCUUUGUCCCAAUUGAGACUGCAACACAGACAACCACAACCUCGACAAAUUCUUAAUCAAUCACAGAUCUCACCACAAAAUCUAAGUCAACAACAAAGGCCCAGACUUGCAAUGCCUCAGCCUAAACCACAAAAUCAGGCUGUUGCACUGCCAGAUGGUACAAUUGUUUCAGUGGCUUCAUACAAAAAAUUGUUGGCUGAACAAAAAAAUAAGCAAGGACAGCAGGCUACAACUCAAAGUGGUGUGCAAACACAACAACAACAAAUUGACGAACCGGUCGUGCCGAAACAGUUUAACGCCCAACACCAGAGGAAUCUGAUGCAUCAACAGCAACAGCAAAGGAACCAGCCGAGGCCGGCCACUGCUCCAAGGAUGAACCAGGCGAAUUAUAUUAUCCUGCCGCCGAGUCCCAACAGGCCUCAACAACAGAGACCCCUGCCCGACUACAUUCCAUCGAGUCAAAUUCAGCAAAUCAUUGAUACUACCCCCAUUAGCAAAGAAUACUCUGACUCCAUUCGUAUGUUAGUACUAUUGGCUAACGGCGAACAGCGGCUGAUAACUUUCACCUUACCCAAGGAAGCUUGCACCAUUCAGGAAAUCUUGGAGCAGGUUAACGUCCCGUUUCAGCAUGACACGCGCAUCCAAGUAUCCGAAGUGAAUUCCAAUGGCAUUAAUUACAUCGUGUGCGUAGGAGAUGUGUCACACUUCCCCACUCAGGAUGAGCAAGCGGACACUGAAGAUUCACAACAAGUUGUGCCGCAUAAUCCGCAAGCAACCGAUCAUCAGCCCGUGGUAGAACAGCCGAAACCGCCGAUGCCAGAACCGGUGAAAGAGGUGCCUAAGUAUAUUCCUGGUAAACUAGCGUUGUGCAAAAUGUGCGGAUACUUGUCGGAGGACUUCAAUAAGUGUACGCGGUGCAAUCGUAAACUUCCAGAAGAUGUGAAAGCGAUCCCGAACAAGUUGAUGAACGGCCGAGUCAGCGAGACGAAGACGCCCGAGAAAAAGUUGCCUGUUAAGGUUUCGGCCAACAAUGCGGGUGUGCCAGGACAAGGACCACAAAAACAACUGGGAUCUAACAAAAAGAAACCUGCUAAGCCGAAGACUAUUGAUCACGAAACCGUUUGUCUGGUUAGUUCUGAUGAGGAGAAUGACACUAAAUCGCCGUUAAAGACUGUUGGAGAACAUGUUCUCUCUAAACUCGGAUCAUCAAUUAGCAUAAGUCCAAUAUCAAAGGAACCCUCCGUGAAAGAUAUUCAAAAGCAUGUUUUAAAUAAAUUUAACGCAUCCCCCAGUGACUCGUCCUGCUUUUAUUCUAUGAACCUGGAAUGCAGAACAGUUCGGAUUGGCUCUUACAGAUUCGUUCCCAACGAUAAGGUAUUAAUUGAAUCAACAGGUAUCACAAUACAGACUCCGCAUCCGGGAACUGGUGAAAAUAAAACAAUCAAAAUACCCCAGUCGGAUAUCGUGCGAGUUUUGGUUAACUUCAAUAAAGGCAUGCCUGUUGUCUUUUACUACUUAACGCCCAGCGUCGGUAGUGCGGUGAGAGAGGUUUUAAACAUGGAUAAAGUGACUGAACGUUACUUUGACCCGUUAUCUGAUAAAGAUGAGUCUCACAAACGCAUUACUCUGCUACCCGAAGAGUUUACCGAGGAAGAAAAAACAAUUCUACAAAAGAUAUAUUCCACACCUGUCAGCAUCAUAGAUGAGCUAUCACCUAGAGAGGCCAAUGAAAUUCUCGUGAAAACUUGUCCUAAGGAUCUGAACAAAUCUCAAAUGAACUUGAGUGCUCUGACUGAGGUGAAACAAUUAUUUGAAUAUCCCCCAGAAGGAAAAGGUCGGUUAACAAUCAACACUGAGGACUACAUUUGUCUGGCUUCGGAUCAAUUUUUGAAUGACGUUAUAAUUGAUUUUUAUUUAAAAUACCUUGUUAACAACCUACCAAACAAACAACAGGAAAAAGUGCAUGUAUUUUCUACAUUUUUUUAUAAGAGAUUGACUACUAAACCAAUGAGGGCUUCUAGAAAAUGUCAACCAGCUGAAUUGGACAACAACUUAACAGCAGCACAAAAGAGGCAUGCGCGAGUGAAAAAUUGGACGAAAAACGUCAACCUUUUUGAGAAAGAUUUCGUAAUAGUACCAAUCAAUGAAAAUGCCCAUUGGUUUUUGGCGAUCAUCUGUUUUCCGGGUAUGGACGGUUGCCACACUUUCGACGGUCAACCGUACAAACUUGAGCCAAAGACGCCCCGAAAAAAGAAAGGAACAACAGUGAAAGAAAAACCCCCAACCAUUGUUUGCGAAGACCCAGAAGCUUCGGAUAAAGAUGAGGCUGAAGGCGAUGAUAGCGACAUGGACUCCGAUGAUGCCGAAUCGGACACGUCCACUCCACCUUCUCAAAACGUAACAAGUCCCACUGUAACCGUUGCGCCCAAUGUGACACCUACCAAACCUAAAAUUGAAAGACCUCCAAUUAAACAGGGGAAAAUUGAGAGGCCCCCUAUUAUGCAGCCCUGUAUUUUAAUAUUUGAUUCGUUGGCUGGAAGUAGUCGAAGUAGAGUAGUAGCAACACUAAGAGACUAUCUAACGUGGGAAUACAAAGCAAAGAUGAAUAAGGAGAGAAUUUUUAACAAAGAUAUAAUAAAAGGAUCGAAUGUUAAGGUUCCUCAACAAAAUAAUUUUACAGAUUGUGGAUUGUAUGUUUUGCAAUAUGUAGAACAAUUUUUUAAGGAUCCAAUUGUAGAUUAUAAUAUUCCAAUUAAGCAAUUAAAAGAUUGGUUUGAAGAAAUUGUUGUGACAAGGAAGCGGGAAGAAAUUUCGGAGUUAAUUAAAAAUUUAAUGGUAGAAUACGACCGUGACAUAGAUUUGCUUCCGAAAAUAAAAUUCCCGACGAUAAAUGGCAAGGUCAUAGAGCGGCUCCCUGAAGAUGAAAUUGAGAAUGAGGAAGAUAUGUUUGAAGAUUCAUCAUUUGAAGAAGAGGAAAUGGACUCUGGAGAAAAUCCCAAUCCAGACACAACUACACAGGAAGCAAACAUUCCAGUAGUUGUAAGGACACUUAAACCUGACAAGCAGGGGGAGAACUUUAAUGCCAGUGUGAUAAGUGCCGUAAAUCAGGAUAUAAAUGAGUUCCCUAGACCAACUUCUGAUAAGAGUACGUUAAAUUAUUUGAAGGCCAAACGUAUAUCUAGGCAUAAAGUAGAAGGACCUGAUCCUAAAAAGACAAAAAAUGAAUAAUCCUUUUAUUCAUGUGUUUUAAAACUGUUAUUUUAAUUUAUAUAACUGUAAGGUUUACUCUCUUCUUUGUUUAUAGAAUAUAUAAUUUUUAGGUUAACCCAGCAAUCGAUUUUUCUUUUGUAUUGAAAUUUAAGUUGUUACCAAAAAUAAUAAACUUAUAUUGUA